AUGCUGUUCGCACCGUUCUGUAGCAAAUGUGGGGAGUUCGUCAUGGCUCGAGUCAUCAAAGCGAUGGGCCGAAGCUGGCAUCCGGAGUGCCUCGUUUGUGAUCGGUGCGGAACACAGCUGGGAUCCACGGGUUUGCAAAAGGUUCGGGGUAGACCAUAUUGCCGAUCGUGCUUCGCGGAAGUCGCCCAGCAUCAGAUGGGACAACAAAUUUGUCAGACAUGUCGUUGUCCUAUAGCCCCGAACGAGUUGAUCCGAUUCAAAGGGGACCCGUACCAUCCGCAUCAUUUCCAAUGUGCAAAUUGUGAUGCCGAACUGGGACCAGAUGCGAGGGAACGCGAAGGCGACCUGUACUGUUUGCGAUGUUUCGAUAAAAUGGGCAUACCGAUUUGUGCCGCAUGCCGUCGUCCAAUCGAGGGUCGCAUUGUAUGGGCCCUGGGCCGGACAUGGCAUGUCGAACAUUUUGUGUGCCACCACUGUGAGCUGCCGUUCAUGGGUGGACGGUUCUACGAAUGGCGUGGGCAUGCCUACUGCUUGGCUCAUUAUCAAGCACGCAUUGGAAACCUGUGUCACAUUUGUAACAAAGCUGUAACAGGACUCCUAGCAAGAUUCACCAACAAAGCAUACUGUCCGGCACACUUCACAUGCUCCAUAUGUGAUAACCAACUGAAUGAAAAAUCCAAACUGUACGAGAUCGAUUUGAAACCGGUGUGCAAAGACUGUUACGAACGACUUCCAACGCAUUGGAAACGUCGCCUAGCCAAACUGCACUUGACGGAAACGCCAAAAUAA